AUGCCGUAUAUCUUCGUAGCACUUAUCGUCUUGGCUAUAAGGUCAAACGUGGAACAGAGGGCUACAUUGAAAGAUAUCUACCGCUAUAUAGAGACAACUUUUCCGUAUUAUCGGGUGAAGAGCCCUAGCUGGAGGAAUUCAAUCCGUCAAAACCUCUCUUUAAACAAUUGCUUCAUCAAGAGUCCUCGUAGUAUACAUGACCUGACUCACGGUCAUUUCUGGAGACUAGCAGAGGGUUGGAAAGAAAUGUUUUCAGAAAGCGACAUCCGCCGCCGUCGUCGAGGAUAUAAGAAAUCCAAUAACCACGAGUUUAUAACAACGAACAGCCAAGCGAACGAGGAUUAUAUUACCCGUUAUAAACCUGAAAGCACGUCGUCGUCGGUGGAGUCAUGCAAGAAACAUACGCCAAAUUACGUUUCCUCGAUUACACGUAGCGAGAGAACACAAGAAAGACAUGUAAACGGAAAACAGUUCAGUGACUUUAGUAUUGCCAAAAUACUACGCUGUCAGUAG